AUACCAGAAAGAUCAAAAAACAAAAAGGCCGAAGAAACUGAAUAACAAGCGCCGCUCCCCAAUAGAUUUCUGCCUCAGCCUAUCCAGUAUUGGAGCUUCUUUCCCGUCGCCUCCAUCUUCCCCACCCAUCAUCCCCGGAACCAGAAGCAGAAAAAUUCACCGCCGAGAUAAAGCUCCACCACAAAGACCGAUUUUUUCUUCUUCUAACAGCUGACACCACUGAAGUCUGUUUAUAUCCCGGCCGUAUCCCCGGACGCCACUAGUCCAAGUGUGCCUGUUUCCUACACGAUAUAUAUCGCAAUUCGCAAGAUUAUAUAGACAUGUCAGUACAAUUGACGCCCUCCAAGAGACCGUAUGAUCAAAGCCUUACUGAGACUAAUGAAAGAGGAAAGUUGCAAAAAUCAGCUGGGUUGGGUCCUGAGAAGUCCCUAUCGAAGACAUCUUCCUCAAACAAGAUUAUUCGUCUCCUCUGUCUUAAUUCAAGAAUUAGAUCUAUCAUAGGAGAAGACGGAGCGACCCUUCCUGAAAUUUGUCAGGAAACUGGUGCAAAUAUCCAAGUUGAAGAAGCUGUGCCUGGUUGCGACGAAAGAGUGGUUGUUAUUUUAGGUUCGAAUAAUAAGAAUGAAACAGGAUCUGAGCAUCCCAAGACCAGCAUUGAGGAAACUGAUACAAAGGACAGUAACAAUGAGAUAAAUGAUAAUGGAAGCAAUGGUCUGAAUGAAAAAUCUGAUCAAGUUGAUGAUCCUAAGUUGAUAAAAGAAGUUUCAUGUGUUCUUGAAGCUUUAUUAGUCUUAUUUGAAAAAAUGACUAAAGAAGAUUUGGAGAAGGCUAUGGGAGAUGAAGGGAAUGAUUCUCAGUCUUUAAGUGUAAGGUUUUUAAUAUACAGCAGCCAAGUGAACUGCUUGUUAGGGAAAAGUGGUAGUGUAUUGAAACAGAUGUCUUCUGAGAGUGGAGCUGAGAUAUGCAUUCUUGCAAGGGACAAAUUGCCUGCUUGUGCUUCUUCAUCUGAUGAUCUUGUUCAGGUUUCUGGCCUAUAUAGUGCUGUUAAGAAAGCCAUCAAGUCUGUUGGUCAACAUCUUCUUGUGAGCAAUCCUCAGGAUCAAGAUCCUUUGUCAGCCAGUCAAUGUGGACCCUCUUCUAAUCCGAAUGGCCACCGCUUUUCCAGUCAGGAUUCAGACCCUCGAUCAAAUUAUCCUUUUCAUGGACAAAAGCCACCUUAUCCUGAUGGUGAAGCUGGAUUUCCUGGGCUACCAAAUCCUUCUCAGGAUGCAUUAACUUUCCGCUUACUCUGUCCUGUUGAAAAGGUGGGAGGAAUAAUUGGAAAAGGAGGGAGCAUAAUCAAGACAAUCCAACAUGAGACUGGCUGUGAGAUCCAAAUUCUAGAAGGUGUGGCGAAUUCAGAAGAUCGCAUUAUUGCCGUAUCUGGUCCAGCGCAUCCACGUGAUAGGGUAACUCCCCCUCAAGAUGCAUUACUUCAUGUACAGGCCAGAAUUUGUAGGGCUUUACCUGAAAGUAAGGACAGCACGAUGCUUGCAAGACUUCUUGUCUCCUCCAAUCAAAUUGGAUGUCUUCUGGGAAAAGGUGGUUCUAUUAUUGCUGAAAUGAGGAAGUCCACAGGUGCUUAUAUUCGGAUUCUCGGGAAGGAUCAAACCCCAAAUUGUGCUUCUGAGAAUGAAGAAGUAGUUCAGGUAAAUGGGGAAUUUGAAAAAGUUCAAGAAGCCCUUUUUCAGAUAACAUCAAGAUUACAGGAGCAUUUCUUUCGCAAUGCAUUUCCUUCUAUGAACCAAAUGCCAAGUGCUCACUUUAUGGAUCAAAUGCCUCCUUUCCCUUCAUACAGGGGAAGGAGAGAACUUUCUCCCGGGAGAAUGUUUCCUACUAUGGGCCCACCAUUGUUUCACCGGUUUGAUGCUGUUGGAGGCAUACCUCCACGUGCCAGCUUCCAUCCACAUGAUGAACAUCCUCCUUUUUUGCCUAAUAAUUUUCACAGGUCAGGUGUCCGACCUCCUGCUUCAGAAAGGAUGCUUUCUUCUGGACCUUGGGUUCCACAGGGACCAAUUGAUGGAGGUGGUCCACUAGGCAUGCCUGACUUUGCAGCAGGCCCUCAGAGAAGAAUUGGUGGAUUUGGAGGCGGAAGUCCAGCUAUAAUCACUAAUACCAAGGUGGAAGUAGUAGUUCCUCGUUCUGCUGUUCCCGAAAUCUAUGGAGACGGUGGGGGGUCUCUCAGACAAAUAUGUGAGAUUUCUGAGGCAAAAGUUAGCAUUAAUGAUCCCAAGCCUGGAGCAACAGAGGCUAUGAUUAUUAUAUCUGGAACACCUGAGCAAGCAAAUGCUGCACAGUCUCUUAUUCAAGCAUUUGUGAUGCUCGAGUCUGAAGCAUCAUGAUGAUUUGAUUAUUAUCAUUUACGUAAUAUCUUAGCGACCUCAUGUUUAUAAUUUUAAUAUUCUUUGUUAUGCUUAGUAAUACCUAAUUCUGUGUGAUGAUAUAGUCUAACACAGUGACGGGCUUGUCCUAGCAGCGGAAUGUGGAAGUUUCUGUGGUAAUUACCUCAAAGCUUGAAAGAAGCUGAGAUGCGUUUUAAAACCUUUCCGACUUCAAUGAACUUUCUGGAAGCAGCAGGAGGGUGUAUAAUCCGUCAGUAGCUUGUUUUAAAUUUUUAUGAAUUCUAUCUAGCUUCAAUAUAUAUAUAUGUAUGUAUUCUAGCUCUAAAUUUUUAAUGAGCCAAAGAUUACUGUCAAAUCUGUUUGAGAAUUUUUUGCUUGACAACUGAUCUUGACGGUGCAUGCCUAUGCCUACAAAGCACAAUGUAUUUUUUACAGGAAUAGUGAGACAUCUAAAGUAAUGACGAAAAGAUAACUAAAAGGUAAUAAUAAAUACAAGUAAACGAGUAAAG